GGGAUCAGCUGAUCGGGAUCACUUCCUCUUCGGAGUUCGCGAUGUUUUGAAGGAGUGCUGCUGCAAAUAGCGCUGCUGGGUCGUCGUUCAUGUGAAUACGGUCACAUUUGAAGCUCUGGGCGUUUGGCUUCUGUCACCUUCUCUUCAUGAAUACUUCGGACAGUGAAGAGGACUCUUACAACGAGAGGUCCGCUCUGUUCCAGUGCGAAAGCCCAACCAUCCCCUCAUACAACCAAGAUCAUGAUAUGUCUCUGCCCCAGGAAACAGACACCAAACGGCGGCGGCCGGUCAGCUCAGGUUUGGAUGAGCCAGGGCCGGUGGAGCGAGAGCGAGCGUCCACUCCUGACGGAGAGGAAGAGGAGCUGACCCUCAAAUACGGCGCUAAGCACGUCAUCAUGCUCUUCAUCCCUGUCACGCUCUGCAUGGUGGUGGUGGUGGCAACAAUCAAGUCUGUCAGCUUCUACACGGAGAAAACCUCACAGCGGCUCAUCUACACUCCGUUCGAAGAAGAUCCGAACUCCGUCGGUCAGAGGCUCUUGAAUUCGCUCCUCAACACCAUGGUCAUGAUCAGUGUGAUUGUGGUCAUGACGAUAAUACUGGUGGUGCUUUAUAAGUAUCGCUGCUAUAAAUUCAUUCACGGCUGGCUGAUUCUGUCUUCACUGAUGUUGCUCUUCUGGUUCAGCUUCAUGUAUCUGGGCGAGGUGUUCAAGACAUAUAACGUGGCUAUGGACUACCCAACGUUAGUGAUGAUCAUCUGGAAUUUCGGCGUCGUGGGAAUGAUCUGCAUCCACUGGAAAGGGCCGUUGCGGCUGCAGCAGGCGUACCUCAUUGUCAUCAGCGCCCUCAUGGCCCUCAUCUUCAUCAAAUACCGGGUUGUUGUUGCUGAUAUUGUGGUUGCUUUGCAGGGACUGUGCCUGACGCUCCUCCUGCUGGCCAUUUUCAAGAAGGCUCUUCCGGCUCUGCCCAUCUCCAUCACCUUCGGCCUGGUCUUCUACUUCUCCACAGACAAUCUGGUACGGCCCUUCAUGGACAGCCUGGCAGCCCACCAAUACUACAUCUGACAGAAACCCACUGACACAUGAAGGACUUUAUCAGAACACAGUCGUUACGCUUCAGUGAGAUUCAAACGUUUUUAUUUCUUAUGAAUCUGAGUGAGUGAAUGAAGGUGUGAAAUGUAUCAAAACAAGCAAACCGAUU